GAUAAAUACACUAAACAGCGGCAGUCAGUCUGUUGAAGUGAGAGGUGGAGGUGUUGCCGCUCCUCAGAGUGAAGAGAAUCACGUGUUUCCAGAAGUAAUAAGACACCUUGAGUGAGGGACUACUCCCCCUCACUCCACCCAGCCACUCCAUCCACAGCUAUUCCCUCUCCACCCUUUCUCCUAGCCACUCCACCACUCCCCAGUCACUCCAACCCCUCUCCCACCCACUCCACCACUCCCCACCCACUCCAUCUUCUCUCCCAGCCACUCCACCAUUCCUCACCCAGUCCACCCGGUCUCCCAGCCACUCCAUUAAUUCACCUUAACCCAGAAAAGAGUGAUAAGGAAAUAAAAGCGAGAGGAAGAAAGAGGAGGUGGAAAAAUAGUGAUAAGAGAUACAAGAUAACACGAGGAAGGAAGAGGAAGUGGGGAAAAGAAGUGAGAAGUGAUAGAUAGUGGUAUAGGAAAAAAAAAAAAGAGAAAGCUGAUAAAUAAAAGUAAAUAAGAAUAAAUACGAAGGGAAGGAAGAGAAAGAAAAAUAAGGAAUAUACGAGGGAAGAAGAGAAAGAAAAAAUAAAUACCAUAGGAAAAAGACCAGGAAAUAAAAAAAAACAAUAAACAGUGAUAAAUAAGAAAAUAGUAAGGAAGGAAGGAAGUAAAGAAGAAAAGAAGAACGAAUAAAAAAAGCUAAACCACAAGAAGAGAAAACCAGGAAGGACGUAAAGGAAAGGAGAGAACUGUGAGAAAUAGUAACGAAGGAAGGAAGGAAGCAAGGAAGGCAAGAAGGAAGCACAAGCCACAGCCAUGAUCCGAACAAUUUCCACCACGUCAGAACUGGACGAAAUCAGCGCCAGCUAUGACGUGCCCGUGGUGGACCCCGCUACUGUGCCCAAGGUGCUGUACGGUCAUAGGGCCUCCGUGGACUCGCUGGUGGACCUUGAGUGGAGCCAGGAGUCCCGUGUGCUGGUGCUCUACACAGGAGGCACCAUUGGAAUGAUGAGGAACGACAGGGGACGUCUGGUUCCCAUCCCUCACGAAAUGGAGAUGAACAUUCGCCGCUACCCACACAUGCACGACGAGAUGUACGCGGAGAAGAGAUUCAGCAACUCCGUCACGCAGCCUCUGGUUCUCCCGGAGUGCCAAGGGGAGCGGCGCAGGGUCGUGUAUUGGGUGUAUGAGUACGACCCCCUGCUUGACUCUUCCAACAUGACCAUGGACGACUGGAUCAGAGUGGCCAAGGACAUCAGGGAGGUGUACGAGCUGUUUGACGGGUUCGUGGUGCUUCACGGCACAGACACACUCUCAUACACUGCCGCCGCUCUCUCCUUCAUGCUGGAGAACCUGGGCAAGCCUGUCAUCAUUACCGGGUCGCAGAUCCCGCUGUUUGAGACCCGCAGUGACGGUCGGGACAACUUCAUCGGGUCCCUCAUCAUGGCAGGCAGCUACAGCAUCCCCGAGGUGGCGGUCUUCUUCAACAACAAGCUGUACCGAGGGAACAGAACCACCAAAGUGUCCACCGGCAGUCUGCAGGCUUUCGACUCACCCAAUAUGGCACCCCUGGCAACGGCGGGCAUCUCCAUCCACGUUGACUACCGCUCGGUGUUCCGCCCCACCACGCUGGAGAAAUUCAAAGUGUUCGACCGCCUCAAUCGCCACGUGGGCCUGCUCAGAAUCUUCCCCUCUAUAUCGGCUGAAACAGUGAGGGGCUUCCUGCAGCCCCCCAUGGCAGGCGUGGUGAUUCAGACCUACGGCGCGGGGAACAUGCCCUCCAAUAGAACUGACAUUAUGGAGGCAUUGCGAGAGGCCACAGAGAGAGGUGUCAUCAUCGUCAACAUUACCCAGUGCAUGCACGGCGCGGUGGACGCUAUAUAUGAGACGGGUCAGGCUUUGGUGGAUUCUGGCGUGAUGGCAGGGAUGGACAUGACGCCCGAGGCGGCGCUGACCAAGCUUAGCUACGUGCUGGCCAAAAACGACUGGAGCUUGGAGACUAAGAGAAGGAUGAUGAAGACAAACCUGCGAGGUGAGAUGACAUGCCUGGCACAGGAGGAGGGCGGCCCAGUCAUUGAGGAGGGGCGUGAGGAGCUGGAUGUGGUGGCCUCAAUAUCCCGGGCCCUCCAGCUGGCUUCCUCAGAGGAUGUGGAUCAAGUGAAGGACCUGCUGCUGCCUGCCAUCUUCUUUUCUGCCGUGGUCAAUGUGGACCUCUCCAGAUUGGAGGAGAUAUACAAGAAUGGAGUGGAAAUCAACAUGCAGGACGCCUCAGGGUGGACAGGGCUUCACAUCGCCUCCAGUGAGGGAUUGACGGAGGCAGUGACUUGGCUGUUGCAUCAUGGGGCCUCUGUGCAUAUCAGGGACAAGAUGGCUCGGACACCACUCACUCUAGCCAUUGAGAACGACCGUCAUCAGGUCAUCACACUGCUGGUGAAGACUGGCUCUCACCUGUUGGAGCCUUCCCUCAGGCUUGGUGAGGCACUGGUCACAGCUGCUGCCUCUGAUAACGUGCGGCGUCUCAAGUCAUACCAGCUGGCUGGAGUGGACCUGAGCCUGCAGGACCCUUGUGGCCGGUCUGCACUGCAUGCUGCCUGCACAGUGGGGUCCGAGGAGGCUGUGCAGUUGUUGCUGGCAGCCGGCGUGCCCACAGAUGAGGUGGACCGAACAGACCUCACUCCUGCCAUGUGUGCUCAGAUCAACAACCACCAACACAUUACUGAACUCCUUGAGGCACACCAGCAGCACAAUGGUCCUGGCAAUGUGGACUUUGUGCCUAACUCAACCGUGAAGUCUGGUCGGCAUCUCCGCUUCCUUACCAGAUUUCGCAUUAAGUCUGUCCAGCUAAAGUCCACAGCUGGGUCCUGCAUUCCUGUCUGUGUUGCUGCUCAUCACACCAAUGCUUAUUGAGAUCACCAGUCAACUCUGUGCUCUGCCUUCAAGACCAUAUAUACCUCAUAUUGGUGGUAAACCCAUUAUUCAGAAUCGCUUUGUUUUCUCACCACAACUAUUUUCAAAGGCUCUGCAGAUGAUUAGCCAAGCUCUCAAGAGUGGUUCAUAGUGUAGAAAUUGUUAAUCUGUCACUAGAAGCAUAAAAAUAUCCUUAAAAACAUGUCACUUCAACUACUAAGAGCCUUUUGCAUUUAGUGGAGGUGUGGUGCAGAAGUGUUUCAGAAUAUGGUCUAAACCUGUGCAUGUUACUCAGAGCAGCAAUAGGAAGCAAUAUCACAACACAAAGUAAAUGAAAUGUGUGGGUUGUGAGUAGUAAGGACAUACAUAUAGUGGCCAUAUAUUGAUUACACCAGCCUGUUUUGCCUUCAAGAUAUCCAUCCUAUAAGAACAUAAGAACAUAAGAAAUAAGGGAAGCUGCAAGCAGCCACUAGGCUUACACAUUACACUAUUUCCACCUAUCAUCCCCAUCCAUAAAACCAUCUAAUCUUCUCUUAAAGCUCCCUAAUGUCUUAGCACUAACAACAUGAUUACUGAGUCCAUUCAUCUACUAUUCUAUUCGAGAACCAAUUUCUUCCUAUCUCUUUCUUAAACCUAAAUUUUUCAAGCUUGAACCCGUUAUUUCUUGUUCUGUCCUGGUUGCUGAUCCUAAGAAUUUUGCUUACGUCCCGCUUGUUAUAACCCUUAUAUCACUUAAAGACUUCUAUCAGGUCCCCUCUUAACCUAUCUUGCACUGUUGGUAGAAAUUCAUGCACAUUACUUGGACCAGCAGUAGUAAGCAGUAUCACAACACAAGAUAGAUGAAAUGUGUGGGUUUGUGUGCAGUAGGGACAUAUACAUAGUGGUCAUGUAUGUGUUCACAAGUAAGAUGCCUGCAUUUAAAAAUACUUUGCUCUCUUACAACUGUUUUCAAAGACCAUGAAGAUGAUUAGCCAGAUUCUCAAGAGUGUUUCUCCUAUUUGUUAAGUAGAGAUCCUGUCUAUCUGCCACUAGAACCACAAAAAUACUCUUAAAAAUCCAUGUCACUUCAAUUAGAGCCAUUUGAAAGUAAUGAAGGUGUGGUGCAGAAGUGUUUCAGAAUAUGGUCAUGAGAGCCCGGCUUUAAAUCUCUAGCUGAUCAGACAUGCUGUAUGCUCUCUUCUUCACCCAGCAAGGAUCAAGGUCAGGUGUAACUUAAGGAUUUGUGGCCUUGCUACCUUGCUGGAAUGGAAGGCUGUGCCCCUCUGUGUGUGUGUGUGUGUGUGUGUGUGUGUGUGUGUGUGUGUGUGUGUGUGUGUGUGUGUAAUACAAGAGACAAAUUGAUGUCACUCAAUGAUGGUAGGAGGACUCUCUCUCUCUCUCUCUCUCUCUCUCUCUCUCUCUCUCUCUCUCUCUCUCUCUCUCUCUCUCUUUCUCCAUUUAUCAAUUAAAAAGGGAAUUGUGCAGCAUAAUAUCGUCCAUGAGGUGGCAAAUAGUGGGAGAGCGGCUAACUGGCUUAGAUAUUGAAGAGAACUGAGUAGAGCAAAGAAGUUGAGAAGGUUUUUAAAAUACUGUAGCAGAAUCAAGUAAUUAUUUUCUUGUUUGUAGUAUUUGUAUUGAUUCACUAAUUUUAAGUUGACACAUACUACCUAUGAAAGCCAGAUAAUUAUAUUUUCUAUAAUGAUUAUGUACAUUUAUGAUUAUAAUUUCAUGUUAGCUUUGUAAAAUGGCUGUGUUGUGUUGGAUGGCUGGUUGGUUUGUUGUACAUGAGACCAUUCUUUGUGUGUGUGUGUGUGUGUGUGUGUGUGUGUGUGUGUGUGUGUGUGUGUUCUUACCUAAUUGUAUUUCACAGUAUUACGUCAGGCUCAUAAUCUCCUGUCUUUUAAAGUUAAUGUGUGUGUGUGUGUGUGUGUGUGUGUGUGCGCUAGGAUAAGUAAAUGCAGGCAUGAAUGAAGUUCCACAACAAAUUUAGCUCAGAAGCAUAACUCAUCAUCACACAACUUGUUUCUCAGUGACAGUCUUAUAAUGAUUUGCCUCACAUUACUUCCAUUCACUGUGUGCCAUAUCACUGCUCCAUUGCUCAUCUUACCUCAGCACAUUGCAUAAUAGACAAGAAUUGUGCCCUGUUAGCUGUACAUAAUUAUUACUGAAUUAACUACAGGAUGUGCUCUCUCUCUCUCUCUCUCUCUCUCUCUCUCUCUCUCUCUCUCUCUCUCUCUCUCUCGUGUUGAAAUAGUACUACAUGAAAUAUUAAUCUGUCAUGUUUUAACUACUAGUAAAAUGUCAUCAAACACACACACACACACACACACACACACACACACACACACACACACACACACC